AUGGAAAUGAGGACAGGAGUGAGUAUAAAGAUAGAAGAACAAUCAAGAGAACUCAGUGAAAUUCGUAGAGAACCAAAAAAAUAUAGAAAAGAAAUAAGACAGUUAAGACAAAAUAAUGUAACAUUUAGAGAGGAAAACACAAAACUAAAAAAGGUAGUUUUUCAAAUAGAAGAACGGAUUGAAAGUUUGGAAAAAGUAAAAAGGCGUAAAAAUAUAGUUAUACAAGGCCUGAACAUAGAUACAAAUGUCCCAGAGACUCUAAAACAUGAAAUAAAAAAAUUUAUGCAGAUAGAAUUAACAGUCGAUGUUCAAAUCGAGAAGGUUGUGAAGCUGGAAGAAAAAGUCUGUCUGGUUGAUGCUUGA